AUGGCUGCCAACCAUCCACCCGAUGCGCCCGACUCAACUACUCCAGUCUACAAUAAACACGUGAUAGAUCGGAUCCUCGAUGUCAUUCGCUCUCAUCCACUUUACGAUCAGAAUGUGAUAGAACAAAUCCUCGAUAUCGCAGCAGAUUGCGAACCUUCGCCCCCAGCGCCGACACCGCGCUUCUAUUAUUCCCGGGAAUCUGGUCUAGAGCACGUGAAGCAGUUCGCUGCCCGACAUGGGUAUACCCUCAAUACCAGGCGCUCAGAUGAAUCGAAAGUCGACCUAGUCUGCUCUCGUUGGCCUGACCCCAAGGCAAAAGGAGUGGGUAAUGACGCGGCGCCUACACGGGGUCGGGUGUCCAGCGGGUGCAGCUGCUCGUUUCGAAUUCAGCUAAGAAGGCGUACUGCACCGCAGAAACGUGGGCUGGCGGCUUCUCCAGAGAAUUCACCACUGCCGAUAUGGCAGCUACGAAUUCAAAAUGGCGCCCAUAAUCAUGGGCCGAAACGAAGACGCGUUGACAAUGCCGCGCACCUUCCUGUUUCCGCUGAGAUGACUGGCAACGAUUUGGCCGGUCUCGCUCUCCCACUGAGUGAUGAUAUCGUGCUAGACCAAGUCUUCAGCCUCGAACAAGAUCGGGAGCUGUCACCCCCAGAACCGCCCUUAGCCCACCCCCCAGCAUUCCCUCCAGGGCCACCACCAGCGCCUCCACCACGCUUCUAUGAUUCACGAGAGGUUGGCCAGCAGGAUAUCGCCGAAUUCGCCACCAGUCAUGGGUAUUCCUUGACUAUCAAGCGCUCAGAUCAAUCCAAAGUUGACAUGGUCUGCUCUCGCUGGCCCAAUCCCACGAAUCCCCGAGAACGGAAGACAAACGCAACCGGCUGCCCGUUUCGACUGCAAUUCAGACGGCGUACUGGAGCGCCGCAGAAACCUGGAUAUAUAAUAUUUUCGGAUCCCGCACCACAAACGGGAUGGGAGCUGCGAAUUCUGAACGGAGAGCACAAUCAUGAAGCAACAUUUGAGUCUCCGAAAAAGAAAAAAAGAAAGAGGAAAUCAAGUGACCCAUCGGGAUCUCCUGGCAAUGAGGUUCCUGAGGUGCUUGAGGUUCCUGAGGAUUGA